GUGGCAAAUGCUACCCUUUGGGCUCCGGGAGGGUUGGCGCUGUACAGCGUGGGACUGCACGCCAUCAUCGCCUGGCGAGUCCCUCAGAACUCUUCCCUGCAGUUCUGUGGUUUUCCCGCAGUUAGUCCGGGUGGAAAGGAUAGUGAAGAUUAGGUGACUUGGAGGCCGUGUGCUAGGCGAGUUUCUAGUUUUAAAAUUUUCAAAGCUUAGAACUUACAAAAUAAUAGGAGAGCAUAUUGCACUGACGAUGUUUGCUAGUUUGGACUUUAAAACAGUAACUGCUUUCUCUCAAAUUGAGAAAAUUUGAUUUUCUGAAGCCCUAAACUGUCUUUUGUGUAUGCCGUGUGUUCUGGACUUGCUUUGCAGACAUCUGUCUCCCCCUGACACUUCAGAGGCUCUCAGCCAAACAAAAUUAAGGGUGUUUUGCACUAGGAGAGGGAUAUUUAUGUUUUGUGCAAAGUCUUGGUUCUGUUGUGUUGUAGUCUUUGAUUGUCAUUUCCACCGUCUAUGAUAGCCAUUAGCAAGAGCACAUCAUGAAGGGAUCAGCUUUUCCUGUCAGUUAUGCAAGCAGAAUUAUGCAAAAGCAGUAUUUUCUUCCGAGCUCCAACUUGAUGGGAGCACGGCUGUCUGGAUCCUAUGGUGAUACACAGGAGCCUAAGACUAAUCCUUUGGUGUCUAUUUCAGAUGAGCCAGAAACACUGUACAAGAGAUUGUCCAUUUUAGUUAAAGGACACGAUAAAGCUGUGUUGGACAGUUAUGAAUAUUUUGCAGUGCUUGCAGCUAAAGAACUUGGCAUCUCUGUUGAAAAAGUAGAUAAGCCCCCAAAGACAAUAGAACGAUUUACACUUCUCAAAUCUGUACACAUUUACAAGAAGCACAGAGUUCAGUAUGAAAUGAGAACACAUUACAGGUGUUUAGAGUUGAAAUACCUAACAAGCAGUACUGCUGCAGUUUACUUGGAGUAUGUACAACGAAACUUACCUGAAGGGGUUGCCAUGGAAGUGAAAAAGACUAAGAUAGAGAAAAUACCAGAACACAUUCGGAAACCUGUUUGGGAUACACUACCUCAAGAAGAAGAAACUGAAGUGAAGUCAUGAACACACCAAAUACCUGGCUCUUCAUACUGAAAUUCAUUGUUCCUAUCAACCUCAUUUACUGAGACAGUCCAUUAUUAAAUAAAGGUUCUCUUAUAAAGAAAUUA